GGGUCACUUCCAGAUUUAAAAUGUCCGUCUCAAUCAAAGAGGGAGAUGGCGAGAGCGAGGAUGAGAGCGAGACCUUCUGUAGUGAAAGUCAAGAGGAAUCAAAACAUGUAGAUAAAAAUACAGGAGAUUGGUAUCAUAAAUGUAUCCCCGGAAAAGAUUCACCCGUCAAUGAAAAAAAGCGACAUUACAGUGAACCUCAACCCUCCACAGAUCUAAGUGAUAAGCUAUUUGAUGUACAUCCCAAUUGGUUGAAGGACGGAAUGCUAGAUUCUACCAUAAAAGUGAAGGUCACACCAAUGCUAUUGAUCAAUUGUGGGCUACCAAGCAGCAGGAAAACUACAACGUUAAAGAAAGUCUUGCGAGCAGCUUCAAAUUUAAAGGAAGAAGAUGGCAUCGGGUUUUGUGACAUGCUUGCUGCUCGAAAUUUAAUCCACAAUAAGAUUGUGUUUAUGCCUCAACUACAAGAAAGCAAAGGAUAUCUAUCAGUAAUGUAUGCAGGAGUAGAAAAUGUGGCUCGAUCAUCCGCCAAAACAAUUCGAGUGCUACCAUCAAAUAAUUUUUCUGGAUUCUCCAGUCAGGAUCUAAACGAUCACUUUACAGCUAUCAUGGAAGACUUGCAUAAAAAAUAUCUCAAGAAGCAACAUGACGAGCCUACUGAAUGGGAUCAAAGCCACACGGGUGGAUUAGCUCUCAUUAAUGUUUGGGAUCUUGGUCUUAACAAGAUACCAACUUAUGUUCUCUCACAUCUUGCUGGUCAUCUCUACAAUAGUCAUGUUUGGAUGUUUCUUGAUCUGCUACGUGAUGUCGAUCAUCUUUAUGACGUUCCUGAUAUUCCUGAGAAUCGAUAUGACAAGUCACGUAAUGACAGGGAACUCAUAAUGAGGUGGAGAUCACGUAUUCGUUAUUUUUUUCGUUUUGCUAAACUUGCUUCAACAAAAAAUGGAAAUCGUAAAAAAGUUUGCAGCGUAAUUGCUAGCCACAAUGGAUCGACAAAUCUUGAAGAAAAAAUGAAGAAGUUAAAAGAUGCUGUUAGCACUGUUUCCAAGCAAUUAGGGCUCCAAGAUCUUAUUGAUAUGGAGAAAUUUAAAGAUUUUCACAAUGAAGAUAUCGAGCCUUUGUGUAAACUUUUAGAAAAGAGAAUAAAAGAUGGUCUGGACUAUCAUGCAGAAGAGGUUCCACUUUCCUUCAUGUUUCUUCGAAGUUUGUUUUAUAAGAAAGAUCAGCUUUACAUUAUGAAAGAGGAGUUAGAAGCAUUAUCAAAGGAGCUCAAUAUGGAUAACGAGAAGUUUCAAAAUUUUUGCUGUUUCUUUACUUCAUUUGGGAGCAUCAUCGAUGUCAGUUUGAUUGACCCCUCUUCGAAUUUAAUCAUCUUGCAGCCAGUUUCAUUUUUGAAUAAGCUAGAUAAGCUGUUCUAUUAUUCUCCUGGUGACCCCAUAGUUACUAGUCAUGGCUUUGUUAGUAAGGCUACAGCUGAAGCCAUUUUUAAUGAAAAGGAUGAAAAUGCAUUAAUUUUUAUGUCAUUCCUUAAAUCGUUACGUGUAGCUACCAAAAUUCUACCGGGGCAAAUUAAGACAGCUAUUGAUAAAUGGGGCUAUUAUAUUCCUAAUAUUUGCAAUCGCCCGCCCAUCCUGCAGUGCAGUCCUACUUCACUUCAUUUGGUCCAUGACAUGAAUAUUUCAUUGUCACAUUUUAAAGUCACUUUCACUGCUAAUUUUUUGGAGUCGUAUCCCAAAGCUCAACUCGAUGUAUCCAGGACCCCUCACAUUAAUGUGACACAGUUUUGUUCUCGUUCAAAUGAUUGUCUUUUUGAGCUUGUUUAUCUCGGGGAUAUCAUUGAGUUUCGUUUUCCUGAUCUUGAUAAAGAGCUGUUGCAUGAAGUCUGUGAGCAUAUUGUCAUCAAAUGUCAUGAGAUAAUGAAUGACAGUGAUGUAUUAUAUAACUUUGCAAUAAUGUGUGAGAGGUCCGAGCGUUCUUGUAAGCUUCAGAUGGAACGUCAUGCUCUUCCUUUUAAAGAUGAGUGCGAAGAAUGUUUUGGUACUAUGUCCAAUCAAGAUGUUAAGAAGAUUGAAGUAUUUAACUCUGUAUUGACAAAGGUAAGUUUAAGUUCAUACUUGUUCCUCAAUUUACAUUUUCGUGCAGCAUAA